AUGUUAAGAUUCAGUAUAUCGAUAUAUCAAAAACGUCAUGAGUCGAUGAUGCGGUUAGCAGACAAAUACCAAUUAGAUGAGAAUAUCCGCUGUGGAAAAUAUUAUAUUCCAGUUGCAGUGAACGACUUCUUGUGCAAGGCUGUGCUGGCUGCACUUACUGCGUAUUCGGUAUUUUUCACCGAUAUUCCACUCGGCCAUGACACAACACACAUAAGUCACGCGUUCGAUUUGACUCUCGCAUACCAGCGAAUUUUCUUCGGUUUGGCGUUAACGUUGCGAAGCGAGAUGUUCCGCAGAUUGAUGAAACGAAAAACGCGGGUGUCUCGAAUGAUGGAUCGCCAACACGCAUCCAAUUAUUUUGAUGGGCUCAAAAGGGGAGAAAUGUGGCUUAAGUGA